GAAAAGGGUAGAAUCUCGUUCGCUGCCGUCAUCAUCUUCAUCAUCUUCUUCAUCUUCAUCUUUUGAUUUUUCUUUUUCCGAGGGCGUUCUGAACCCGGUCCCGGGGUUCCGUCCAGAACACACGGAUCAUGUCCUCAAAGUGUCCGAAAUGUGACCGGACGGUGUUUUUCGCGGAGAAGGUGACAUCUUUAGGGAAGGACUGGCACAAGUUCUGCCUGAAAUGUGAGCGCUGCAGUAAGACGCUGACCCCGGGAGGUCACGCUGAGCAUGACGGGAAGCCGUAUUGUCACAGGCCAUGCUACGCUGCCCUCUUUGGACCUAAAGGGGUGAACAUCGGUGGAGCCGGUUCCUACGUCUACAAUGCUCCUGCUAAUGAAGCCCCAGCUGCUGUUUCCAUGGAAACGAAUUCCAAGCCAGAGGAGGAGAGAAAAGCCCCCGUGAGGGGCCCCGUGAAGGCUGCCAGCUUCUCGUUCUGUGGAGGAUCAGACAUCUGCCCCGGGUGCAGCAAAACGGUCUAUUUUGCUGAGAAGGUGUCGUCUCUGGGGAAGAACUGGCACCGGCCCUGCCUGCGCUGCGAGCGAUGCAGUAAGACGCUGGCCCCUGGCAGCCAUGCAGAGCACGACGGACUGCCGUACUGUCACAAACCGUGCUACGCCGUGUUGUUUGGACCCAAAGGUGUCAACACCGGCGGCGUCGGGAGCUACAUCUACGCUGAUCCUGAGGCCGAGCCACAGCCCUGAGACGCGGAUGGCUGCAGGACGCCGCAUGUCUCUUCAGGUUUCUCCGGAUACAGCAACAAAGACACUAUGCUAUGUUCGGGGGAUGAUACCGAGAGGUUUAUGUUGAAUGUGCAUAUUGUUUGUCUGUUUGUUUUCGACUCAGACCGACCUGUUGUGUCCUCCUGACAUAUUCUUCACUUGAUCUUGAUUAGAUAAAUGAAUGCACUGUCUUGU